AUGAAUACUGAAUACGACUACUUGUUUAAGCUUUUGUUGAUCGGUGAUUCCGGUGUUGGUAAAUCAUGUUUGCUAUUAAGAUUUGCAGAUGAUACCUACACUAACGAUUACAUAUCCACCAUUGGUGUUGACUUCAAGAUCAAGACUGUUGACCUAGAAGGUAAGACUGUAAAGCUACAAAUUUGGGACACUGCAGGUCAGGAGAGAUUUAGAACUAUCACAUCUUCUUACUACCGUGGUGCUCAUGGUAUUAUUAUCGUGUAUGAUGUAACAGAUCAAGAAUCUUUCAACAACGUCAAAACAUGGUUACAAGAAAUUGAUCGUUUCGGUACUGCUGGUGUGUUGAAGUUGUUGGUUGGUAAUAAGAAUGAUUUGACCGAUAAAAAGGUCGUUGAUACAGAAGUAGCCAAAGAAUUUGCUGAUUCUAUCGGCAUUCCAUUUAUCGAAACCAGUGCCCUAGAUUCUUCCAACGUUGAAGAGGCAUUUUUGAUCAUGACCAAGCAAAUUAAGGAAAGCGUUGCAAAGCAACAAAAGGAUAACGGUAGAACUGAAGAGAAGUCUAACGUUAACCUAAAGGGUCAAUCGUUGACCGGCUCUAACAGUAGCUGCUGCUAA